CUGAGAGCGACUCGGCGCCGACGUCAGCAGCAUGGCUCAGGUCGUACGACAGGCACAAUGGGAGGCGCAGCUUAUCCAGAGCGGCCACUGCGACAAGAUCAUGGUUCAGAAUCUGGAUGUCGUGGUCAAUGCGGGCAAAGACGUGUGGGGUCGUGAGAAGAGGCAGCGAGCGUUCAUCAGCGUCACACUGACCCUGGGGAAGCACUUCACGUCGGCAUCUUCGAGCGACUCGGUCGAUGGUAGCACGGUGCACUAUGGCACGCUCAGCAAAGCGAUUCAGGCGCGUUUCAGCGACCAUGCCGCGGCGUGGACGUCGACGGCUGCCCUCUCGGCGGCCGUGUCGCAAUGUGUGCGCGAGGUUGCAGGUUCAACAGAAAUAUACGCCAUCGAAACAGAUGUGUGCUACCGGAAAGGAAGCAUGCUCGGCGAGGGCGCGGGCCACAUGACAUGGUGUAUCGAGGAGACGGGAGCACGGGCGAGUGUGCUCUACCUGCGCAACGUCCGCAUCCCCUGUCUGAUUGGCGUCAAUGCGAACGAGCGGCUGCAAAAGCAACCCGUGGACGUCAACGUGUGGAUAGACGGCAUCGCGGACGCCCGUGUCGACGACUAUGGCCGACUGGAAAGUCUAUUGUUCGAGCUGAUUUCAGGGUCUUCUUUCCAGACCAUCGAGAGCCUGCUAGCGUGGCUCGUUGAAGAACUGCGGCAGAAGUUCUUCACCCACGACGUGGAUCGUGGAGCAUGCAUCAGGCUGCGAGUGGGCAAGCCGCACGCGGUGCCGUUUGCAGACGCGCCCGCCGUGGAGAUAACGCGGCCAGCACGGGCGGAGUAGGGAUGAGCGUGUCUGAGGCAUGUUGUCGGUAGUGGUGGUGGUGGUAGGGUCAUUGCGUGCAAGCCACACGAGAAGACGACGAAAAAACUAAUGUAUGUGCCUGAAUCGCAUUUGGUCCACGGAUAAGCUCCACUAGCGUGGGCGGCAGCGAUGCCGUCUCCACCCCAAUAUCUAUUCCCUGUCGGGCGCGCUGUGAGGCCUCGUAGUAGGUGUAGUGGCAGUGGCAGU